AUUAAUAAUCUGUGAUUCUGUGGAUUGGACUUCGUUUGGUUUGGAAAUCGAAGAAAUUGAAAAGAGUAGAAAUCUAGCCGAUAAUAAUAAACAUUUUAAUAAAUAAUCAGUGAAUUUAGUAACAUUAGAAGAUGUCGCAAGUAAAGUCUAGCAAAAAAAAUAAGUGGGCCUUGGAUUUCAACAAGAAUAAAACACAGACAACUGAGUUGCCCUCUCCACCAGGGUAUAGUCAAUCGACUAACGCUAAUUACACAGAAUCUUCAAAAGAUACUGAUUCUAAUCUUCUCUUGAUCAAAAAGCUCUGGGAUGUUGCUCUUGGACCUCUAAAGCAGGUGCCUAUGAAUCUUUUCAUAAUGUAUAUGGCGGGCAAUUCUAUUUCCAUAUUUCCAAUUAUGAUGGUGGGAAUGCUUAUUGUUAGACCGGUAAAAGCUUUAUUUUCAACACAAAGUACGUUUAAGAUGGUAGAAGGAACUCAAGCAGUAGGUCAAAAGUUUGUGUACAUUAUUGGAAAUAUUGUGAAUAUAUUUCUCGCUCUAUAUAAAUGUCAGAGCAUGGGACUUCUGCCUACACAUUCUAGCGAUUGGUUAGCAUUUGAGGAACCUAUAACAAGGGUUGAACAUAUUGGAGGAGGAUUAUCCAUGCUAUAAAGAAAUUUUAUUUUUUCAGCUACCUUUAUUUAUAUUUAAAUCAUUUUAACUAGUAAAUGUUAUUUACAGAAAAUUAAAUUCAUUCAUUAAU